GUCAAAUUGUCCCCAGACCAGUCAAAAUCUGGUUUGUUUGCGAUUCAUUGACUCCUCAACUACCUUGCUACGCACCUUGAGCAAGCCUCGAGUCCUCGGAGCUCACGCACAACAUGGCGGCCUACGAGGAAUCUCCUCCGGAUGAGGGCUACAGCGAAGACCCUUUGACUGUUGGGCAGUCGGGAUCUAUGCCGGCCCACCUAGCCAGAAUGACAGUACAAGAACGGACAGAAUAUGCAAUGAUGAUCAUUGCUCUAUUACCUACUUCUGAAGUCGCCGAGAUCGUUAGACGUCUUCGACCCCGUCUCUAUAUAAACUUCUUCCAAUACUUGCCGCCGGAGGUGUGUUUGAAGGUCCUCGGUUUCCUCGACCCCGUGUCCUUGAUCAACACUGCUCGCGCUUCCCGAGAAUGGAUGCUAUUAGCCCUCGACCGCAAGCUAUGGGAACAACUGUACAUCCUGGAAGGCUUUCGGGUGAUCAGAUCGGAGGUUGUGAGCUUCGAGGAGUCCUUGAAUGUUGAGCGGCCAAGACCGAGCGGGCAGAAUGAUGAUGAGCAUGCCAGCAAGAGACGGGCCACGCCACAACGUAUUCAGCCAACACUCCAUGCGGAUGGCGAUUCGGAGAUGGUGGAUGUGGACACAGCGGGACUCAAGCAGGGAUCGAUCUUUGGUGGGCGGAUGACGAAGGAGCCUGUGUCCACCAAUGUUGAUGUUCCCAUGACCUCUCCGAGCUCUUCUUCAGCUCGCCAGUUUCCUGCACGCCAUUCCAGCACCUUUCAGAGCCGCGCAAGUCGGCGGCUCUCUAGUGGAUCGACCCUCUCUUCACAAGCAGCAUCUCCUUUGGCCAGCAUUUCAUCCUUGGUGGUCGUAGAUCGGAGCGAUAAUAAGAAGAAACUGAACUGGCAGUACCUCUACUCCCAACGAAGAAGGUUGGAGGCAAACUGGGAGGCAGAAAAAUACACCAAUUUCCAGCUACCGCACCCCCAUCAUCCAGAGGAAGCACACGAAGAAUGUAUCUAUACCAUCCAACACUCUGGCAAGUAUCUGGUCAGUGGAAGCCGAGAUAAGACUCUGCGAAUUUGGGACUUGAACACGCAACGGCUAGUCCGACCGCCGCUGCGGGCACACAUCGGUUCAGUCUUGUGCCUUCAAUUCGAUGCGGAUCCGGAGGAAGAUCUUAUCGUGUCUGGCAGUAGUGAUGCUACCGUCGUUCUCUGGAAGUUUUCUACAGGCCAAAUAAUCCAACGGCUCCGGAAAGCGCACCGAGAAUCCGUUCUCAAUGUGAGAUUUGAUAAGAGAGUACUGGUGACGUGUUCCAAAGACAAGACAAUCAAGAUUUUUAAUCGGAGACCGUUGAUGGCAGGAGAUCUGGGUUAUCCAGACAUCUCCCAAGGUGUUAAUCCAGUUGCGACUUCUCUCAACAACUGGGGCUACAACCCUUCUCCGAAUGCCGGUCUACCCAUUAAACCGCCAUACACCAUGAUCGGUUGUUUGGAAGGACAUGGCGCCGCAGUCAACGCAGUUCAGAUCUUUGGCAAUGAAGUAGUCUCGGCUUCUGGGGAUCGCACUGUUAAGGUCUGGAACUGGCCGGAGCAGACUUGUAUCCGAACUUUGAUUGGUCACACAAAAGGCAUCGCCUGUGUUCAAUAUGACGGACGCCGGAUCGUCAGUGGCAGCAGUGACAACGAAGUCAAGGUGUUCGAUAAAGAGUCUGGUCUUGAAGUGGCAAGUCUUCGAGCUCAUUCAAACCUCGUCAGAACCGUCCAAGCCGGGUUUGGUGAUCUUCCUUAUAGUGCCGAAGAGGACAGGGAGGAUGCCAAAGCGAUCGACCACGAAUAUUUCAGGGCUGUCGACUCAGGAGCCGUUUCUCGAACCGUCUUUUUACAGCGGGGACGUCCUCGCAAUGCUGGAUCCCGGAAACCUGAGGAUAUCACAGCCUAUGGGGCCAAACUUCCUCCUGGGGGCGGCGGUGGUAAGUUUGGACGUAUCGUCUCCGGAUCUUACGACGAAACUAUCAUCAUAUGGCGUCGGGACAAGGAGGGAGUUUGGAGAGCCCAGCACACGCUGAGGCAAGAAGAGGCCGCGCAUGCGGCAUCAAGGGCCGUCCAAGAACCGAGAAGGAGCAACGACAUCACUACAAGUCAGCCAUCACAGUCUGCUUCGCUACCUCACCAUAGAGGAAAUCUUGCUCUCGACGUCGACGCACCCACUGCACCCUUCGCGCCAGGAUCUGAAUUAUUCUAUCGUCACUUAGUCGAUAUCACCCUCCCGCAAGGUCCUGCGGCUUUGCGCCAGGCUCUACAGGCUCAUCCGCAAAUGUUGAAUUACGAUUAUCUUUCUGAAUCGAUUGAGGAAAUGCCCCCUUCUACCCAACAAGCCAUGGACGCUGUUGUAGUGUCAGCAGUGACAGCUCAAGAGCAACUUCAAGUCGGUCUUCCAGACUCUUCAUCUUGGCUUGCUCCCUCUUCUACUAGCGGGGGAAUCGGGGCUGCUUCAUCGUCUCACGCAUCGACAAGUCAGCCCCCUGCCACCUCAGCACCACCUGUAGCUAAAUCGGCUACUACCCAAACUACCUCACAACCACUCACACUGGUAACACCCCAGCCCGCUGCGGCAGCUGCCGCACCAGCAGCUCAGACCGCGGGCCACCACCAUCACCACAAUGCUCCACACCAUCAUCUACCAACCAACAUGGCUCGGGUCUUUAAGCUUCAGUUUGAUGCUAGAAGGAUUAUUUGCUGCAGCCAGACCAGCGUCAUUGUCGGCUGGGACUUCGCGAAUGGCGAUGAGCAGAUUAUCGAAGCUAGUCGGUUUUUCGCACCAAUCGAAUAAUAGUUAUGAUCUUUCAACGACCAACGGUCUCAAUUACUUUCUAGGUAAUCUGCAUUGCUUUAUGGGGCAGCCUUUU